AUGACUGAAUCCCUUGGGGAUGAUCACAUUCAUUCCCCUUCUUUCGCUUCUGUGAUAUUCAUGGACGGCAUGCAGCCUGCUAACCAAGGGACGGAAGAGACGGAUCUUCUUAUGGACUCCCACCUAUCACUGCCUGUUCGACAUCCCGGAAAGCGAUACCCCCGCCUUGAACUCGAUGUUGCCAUGGACAAGUAUCAUACCCUGGAUGAUUUCGCUGAGCCUUUGAACCCCCAGAAUACCCCGGCUUCGCACACCUACAGUGGCUCUGGCAGUCCGCAAGACACUUGUCGCCGUAUCAAGACCGAUAGUCUUCGGACUAGCUCUGCCCCUCAGGCAUUGUUGAUCGACUGGCGCCCCCCUGGCAGCUCACUAAAUCUGCUUGAGAACGACGAUCUUGUAAACUGUCAACCCCGACACUUCUCUGCAGAUGAUGAACCGCGUUCUACUACACCGAUUACUCGAAUAAAGAAAUAUGGCAAAGCUGCGGAUUCUCAUCCCAAGAAAUCUUUGGCCGAUAUCAUCUCGUCCGCAAGAUGUGUUCGAUUUUCUCCACCCCCAACGCCGUCUGGACACUCGCCGCGCCCAUUUCAACGUCCUCUGCCCUCAAUCGAACGAAAUAAGGACUACAUUUCUUCUUUCCGACAGCAGAAGCAAUUCGAAAAGUGGAGAGUGGCAGCUCGUGCCAAAAGCCAAAGGGUCUCUCCGUACCGCAGCCCUAAAAAGUCGACACUACCAGCCUCAAUUCAGUUGAACGCGCAACCUGAAAUCUGCUUUUCACCUUCCAAAACGCCUCUGCAUCAAGACACUGACACUUUCGGCACCCCACAGCCUCAGGAACAUACUGAGACGUACUUCCAUCCAGAUGAAACCAUCACCCCUACAGCGUAUCAACGACCACUAUUAAGCUUGGUCGCCGUAUCUCUCUCCCUACACCAUAUUCGAAAAGCUGCCCAGUCGUCUGAAUCAGGACUGCGAGCCAUGAACCUCCAGUUAUCAUACUCACUUCGACCAAUCGGCACUCGACUUCAAGACGAGGAAGCGCGGAAUGUCGUGACCUGUGCCACGAUGAAUGACUUGCUCCUGUACGUCUUUUUCAUUUUACCUGAAUUCGUCCUGCGUGGGCCUCUCGCCAUUCUCCAUUAUCUCAAUCGCGCAGCCCAUACACGGACUGGUCUUGCAGCACUUGUCGUCCUUCGCCUGUUCUGGUCCAUCAUUCUGGAGCUCAUUAUUCCAGUGCUGAGCAAGCUGGGAAUGAACGCCAUCGUGCGCUCCAACCUCAAAGCCAAAUACUAA